AACAGCGGUAGCUUCCUCUUUACUACGGUACGUUGACUUUCACGUGAUAAUAAUUAAGAGAAGAAAACGGUCACCACUGUUUCGAAGUUUGCUGAUUCUUCUUCCCCGAAAGGAUACGGACUUACAUCAGAAAGAAAGACAUGAAACAUCUACCACCACUAGAUGUAAACACGGGCAAAGUACAACCUCGCCGCUUAUACCAUUACAGAAUAUUAGUUUUGUGUAUGUUCUGUACAUUUGUAUAUGCAUACCUCUAUAUCAGUAUUUCAUACAGAACGAAAACAAUUUCCAUGAUAAUGGACAACACACUAACUGAUCUGCAGUAUUUACAAAGUAACUUGGAAAAAUUAUUGAGACCUAUCAACUCAAAACUAAAUCGAAGUACCACAAAUACCGAUAGCUAUGAAAUUAUUAGGAACAAAAAAAAGAUUGAUGGAGAUUCUAAACAGUUGUUAGUGCUUUUUACUACAUUUACAACGAAAUCUGAAAAGUUUGUUUGCAGAAACAACACUUUAAAUAACUGGAAUUCAUUUGGAACUGGUGUUAAACCAGUGUUUUUCUCUGACGAUCAACAUCUUUUUAAAGGAAUUAAAGAAAAAGGUUGGGACGUCAUCCCACCCACAAAAACCGCCAUAGGAGUUCCAAUAUUGAAAUAUAUGUAUUUGGAGGUAAUGAAGAGAUAUUCCGCUCAUUUUUAUGCUUAUGUUAACGGGGACAUCAUAUUUACACAAAAUCUAAACGAUACUCUUCAUUUCAUUUUAAAUUCAAACAUCAACCACAGUGAGCCUAUGUUGAUCGUUGGUCAGCGAACAAACGUGAAGGAAGUGACUGCUGAACAAGCAUCUACAUUUGAAAAUAUAACAAAAGUUUCAAAAAAAGGAAAACUUUUUACAACCUGGGGGGCGGACUAUUUUAUAACGAAUUCCGUCUAUCCGUGGAAGGAAUGCCCGGAAGUUGUGAUUGGUAGAAGAGCAUACGAUAACUGGCUCAUACUGAAUGCUAGAAAACGGAAGCAUACUACAAUCGAUGCUACUAAAACGUUAUUAGCUAUACACCAAACGACUAAAUCGGGAGAUACUGAAGGACAUACGCACCCAAAUGGUAAUUUUAAUGCAAAAUUACUGAGUAAACUUUACAAGCGAAUCAAUUAUGCAGCUGGGCUGACAAGUUGUACUUCUUAUAUUACUACGCGCAAUGAAACAUCGAAGGAAGUACAGUUACUACAAAGAAAAAUAGGAAAAGCAUGUUUCCCUAUUUGAAUACUAUCUGCCUCGAAGUUCUAGAUAGACAUAUUUUACAUCCUGCUGCGCUAUGAAUGUAAAACAGGAGGAACCAAGUCUGUUUUAAACGAUGUUCGCAAAGGAUAAAUAUGUAUACAGACUGAGAUCUAAAAUAAAUAAAAAAGUCCAAAUUACACGAGAGUCACAUGAUGAAAAAUGAAGGA